GCAGCCUGCGGCCGGCUGCGAGAGAGCGCAGCGGCGAGGACGGGGGGACCCGGCGUGUGCCCGUCCGCGCUCCUUCCGCCGGUAUCGGGGUGCCUUUCCCCCCUCCCCGCGCCGCGCAGCCCGCGCUCCGGAGGGGACCGCCGCGUCAGGAGGAGCUGUUACUUUCUGCAGCCGGCAUGAGGCUUCCCGGGGGAAUAAGGAGACGCCGCGCUAAGCAACCGGGGAAGAACCUGCCUCUCAUCUGUUGCAGCGGAACCCGGCGGCAGGCGCGGUCCCCCCGGCCGGAGGCGAUGGGCACCCGCUGACUCGUGGCGUGCGUCCGAGAGUGCCUGUAUGCCUGGCAAAUAUGGAGAAAAUAAAGUAAAAAAUGUGGAUAGUGCCUGAGAUGGACGGCAGCCAGUGAAACAAAACAAACACGUUCUGAAGGGAUUUAAUUUGCAAACGGGAUUGAAAAGGGUACAACUUCCAUGGGAAAAUGUAACCUGUUGGAACUGCUGUCGGAAGAUGCCGGCUGUCAACGCAAGCACCUAAACCAAAGACAAAGUAUUAGAAUGGCAUAAAAUAUGGCCCAGUUCUACUACAAAAGAAGCGUCAAUGCUCCCUACAGAGAUCGAAUCCCUCUUCGCAUCGUGCGGGCAGAAUCCGAACUGUCCCAUUCAGAGAAGGCCUACCUGAAUGCCGUGGAGAAAGGAGAUUACGCCAGUGUAAAGAAAGCCUUGGAGGAGGCAGAAAUUUAUUUCAAGAUCAAUAUUAACUGCAUUGAUCCCCUGGGAAGAACUGCACUCCUAAUUGCAAUUGAAAAUGAGAACCUUGAGCUCAUUGAGCUGCUCUUAAGUUUUAACGUGUAUGUGGGAGAUGCUCUGUUGCAUGCCAUACGGAAGGAGGUGGUUGGAGCCGUGGAGCUGCUGUUGAAUCACAAGAAACCCAGUGGAGAGAAGCAGGUGCCACCAGUGCUUCUGGACAAGCAGUUUUCAGAAUUUACGCCGGAUAUCACGCCUAUUAUUCUGGCUGCCCACACCAACAAUUACGAAAUCAUAAAGCUCCUGGUGCAGAAGGGGGUGUCUGUGCCCAGGCCGCACGAGGUGCGCUGUAACUGUGUGGAAUGUGUCUCAAGCUCAGAUGUGGACAGCCUCCGCCACUCUCGCUCCAGACUCAAUAUCUACAAGGCUCUGGCGAGCCCAUCAUUGAUUGCUUUGUCCAGUGAGGAUCCUUUCCUUACCGCUUUUCAGCUGAGCUGGGAGCUGCAGGAACUGAGUAAAGUCGAAAAUGAGUUUAAGUCAGAGUAUGAGGAACUGUCACGGCAGUGCAAGCAAUUUGCAAAAGAUCUUCUGGAUCAGACACGGAGUUCCAGGGAAUUGGAAAUUAUUCUUAAUUACAGAGAUGAUAAUAGCUUGAUAGAAGAACAAAGUGGUAAUGAUCUUGCAAGAUUGAAACUGGCAAUUAAGUACCGUCAAAAAGAGUUUGUUGCUCAGCCCAACUGCCAGCAGCUGCUCGCAUCCCGCUGGUACGACGAGUUCCCUGGAUGGCGGAGGCGACACUGGGCAGUGAAGAUGUUGACAUGUGUUGUGAUAGGACUCCUUUUCCCAGUCUUCUCUGUGUGCUACCUGAUAGCUCCCAAAAGCCCAUUGGGGCUGUUCAUCAGAAAGCCAUUUAUCAAAUUUAUCUGCCAUACAGCAUCGUACUUGACUUUUCUGUUCCUGCUGCUGCUUGCCUCUCAGCACAUCGACAGGUCAGACCUCAGCAUGCAGGGACCCCCUCCAACCAUCGUCGAGUGGAUGAUUUUACCGUGGGUCCUGGGUUUUAUCUGGGGUGAAAUUAAACAGAUGUGGGAUGGUGGACUACAGGACUACAUUCACGAUUGGUGGAAUCUCAUGGAUUUUGUAAUGAACUCCUUGUACUUGGCAACAAUCUCCUUGAAAAUCGUUGCAUUUUCAAAGUACAGUGGGUUAGUUCCACGGGAGAGCUGGGACAUGUGGCACCCAACCCUGGUGGCUGAGGCCCUGUUUGCAAUUGCAAACAUCUUCAGCUCCCUGCGCUUGAUCUCAUUAUUCACUGCAAAUUCUCACCUGGGACCUCUGCAGAUAUCUCUAGGAAGAAUGUUGCUGGACAUUUUGAAGUUUCUCUUCAUAUACUGCCUUGUGCUGCUCGCUUUUGCAAAUGGAUUGAACCAGCUGUACUUCUAUUAUGAGACAAAUGAACCUGGCAACUGCAAAGGAAUACGAUGUGAAAAGCAGAAUAAUGCAUUUUCAACGUUAUUUGAAACGCUGCAGUCAUUAUUCUGGUCUAUAUUUGGACUCAUCAAUCUCUAUGUGACCAAUGUGAAAGCAAGGCAUGAAUUCACUGAAUUUGUUGGGGCCACCAUGUUUGGUACCUAUAAUGUAAUAUCUCUGGUUGUUCUACUCAACAUGCUAAUAGCCAUGAUGAAUAACUCUUACCAACUCAUUGCUGAUCAUGCAGACAUUGAGUGGAAGUUUGCUCGAACAAAACUCUGGAUGAGUUAUUUUGAAGAAGGAGGAACUCUGCCCACUCCUUUUAAUGUCAUACCAAGCCCAAAGUCUUUGUGGUAUCUGAUCAAAUGGUUAUGGAGACACCUUUGCAAGAAAAAAAUUAGAAGAAAGCCUGAAAGUUUUGGAACAAUAGGGAGACGUGCAGCUGACAAUUUGCGGAGACAUCAUCAAUACCAGGAAGUUAUGAGAAAUCUGGUUAAAAGGUAUGUUGCAGCAAUGAUAAGAGAUGCCAAAACUGAGGAAGGAUUGACAGAAGAAAAUUUUAAGGAGUUAAAACAAGAUAUUUCCAGCUUUCGCUUUGAAGUCCUGGGUUUAUUAAAAGGAAGCAAGCUGUCUAAUUUGCAGACUGGGAAGAUGAGCAAAGACACUGCCUCUCUGUCAGAAAAUGAAGAAAAUAGCGAGAGUGAAGGAAACAAGAAAGGAAAGAAGAAACCCUUCAGCCUUUUUGACAUAACAACAAUGAUUCACCCACGAUCAGCCAAUAUCGCCUCCGAAGGACAUAGUGUAAGCAAUGGCUCAGCAAUGAUGGUGUCAGAGUCCACUCAGGAGAAACAAAAGCGGGUGAAUUUUGUAACAGACAUAAAAAAUUUUGGGUUGUUUCACAGACGAUCAAAAACAAACUCUGUGGAGCAGAGUAAAAAUAAAAUAUACACCGUUUCUGAAGAAGUUUCCCGCCAACAGGCAGAAGAACAAUGUGAGAAAACUGAUGAACUGGAAGAGGGAGAAUUGAUCAUGAACUGUGAAUUAAACUUCCGAAAUCAUGGCAAAAAAUGUGUGUUAGCUGAGUCACAAAAUACCAGUGAGUCUUUGGAUUCACACGAAGAGGGGAGUAUUUGUCCUUCAGAAACAGAGAAAAUGGAAUUACAGAGCUCAGAACCUGCCACUCCACAGGAUCAGCUGGGCAAGGCUUUGGACAUUAGCAUUGACUCUGAUGGGAAACAGGAAACAAUUGUUCAGGGGGACUAUGUGAUAACAAGGUUGUGAUGCUUACAGGAGGAAGCAUUUACAAAUAUAUAUAUUUUGCAUAGUGCUUUUGGGGGGGAAUGUUUUAAGAACUAUAUUAGCUAAUGCAGAAUUACACUUUAUAGUACUCAACUGUGGCACAUGAUCUUGUAACAUAGUAGUCAAGAGAAAGAAAAUAUAAGGACCUUCUGUUUUGUAGCCUGCUUUAGCUUUCACGAUUUGUUUUACAUUUUUUAAUAAAUGGAAGCAUCUUGUAUUCUUGUACUGUUGCAAUAACCCACAGAAACUUUUUAGCUAUCUUUUUCAAUUACAACAAAUGGAAUUUCUCUCAUAUGAUAGUUGACUCCUAUGAUAAAUAUUUUUCUAUGCAAAUAAAAAGUAGCUUAAGAGACUUGUAAGCUUUUAUUUAACUUUGUAGGUUCUUAAAAGAUUCUGUGCGCCAUAAUAAUCAUAUGUGGCUCCUGCCAGCAUAAUUCAUGUCAAGCUAUUAGAAUCAUUUGUUUAAAUUGCUAGAAACUUGUGUCAAAAUCUAUACAGAAUCAGAAGAUAAAUUAUAUUCUUUUAUUUAUUGAAGGAAUAUGAAUACCUGUAAAUUAUGAAAAAUAGGUCUAUUUGAUUAUUUAAUUACAACUUUUCCCUCACAGCAAGAGGAGUGUGACUGUCCUGAUUCCAUUGUUAGAAAUGCAUUUGCAAGUUUUGAAGACUGUAGAAAUGUUUCUUAGAGGAAAAGAAAUAUCUGUGGCCUACUAAAAACUGAUGAUGGAUUACUCCCCAAGAAGCCUUUAUCACCACAGCUACUGCUUCUUCAACCGUCUAUUUUUCCUCAUGUGGACAACCUAUGCACUUUAAUAUUCAGCUGCUUAUUAGCUUCUGCCUUUACAACACACUUGGAUUUGAUAAGGGAAAGAUACUUCAGGAAUAAAAAAGCAUACAGUGAUUCCCCUGAGUACUUGAAUAAAUAUGGCAAUUUGUUGAGAAGUUUUAGAAGGCAUGCCUUAAGGGAGUUUCUUUGACAAUUUUACGGUUUGGGGGAACCUGAUUGGGUGUUUUAUAAUAGAUACUAAAUGUAUAAAGAAAACCUAAUCGUAUUUUUCAUAACUGAUAAGUGACUCACUAUCUUAGUUAAAACUAGUAUUUUUAAAAUUAAACAUUGUGGGGUUUUUUUAAUCAUUGGCUGGUGUUCUACAUUAUUAAAAAUGUCAUUUUACAACUGGCAUAAGACUAACCACCCCUAGCUUUCAACACCAUUCUUUCCCCCACGGAAUAUACUACAAAAGUGUUGUUAUUUCACUCUUAACUUCCUCAGCCCUGCCAUGGUAGAUUUUGUAAUUCAUAUUAGGAUGUAUUAAGGAACUUCCAGAUGCAUAGAGUGAAUUUACAUUUCUGAUGGAAUCUAUCUCAUGUAAACCUGUAGGGCCUGACCUAAAGCCGUGUCAUUCUGGAUCUAAAUUGUCCUGGUACUGAAUUGUGUCUUAGAAAUCCAGACAAACCCCUCUCAUCUCUAUACUUCAAGGUGAGUUUUCCAUCUCUGCUUUACAUAUGUGCUACUCUUUCUGAUGUCACAUACUGAAAGCUUCUUUCCUCCACAUCUGUUUGUGUCAUGGCAGAUACAGUUAAACCAAAAUGGAAAAUAUGAGUCAUAAUUGGAAAAUAGUUUGUACAGCUUUGCAGCAAUGUGUUCAAAUCAUAUUUGUUUGGUUAGUUUCCAUCUUGGCCUCUUGACUGCUCUGUAGACCCUCUCUCCUUCACAUCUCUCUCCUUGUCCACCUUUAGAUUGUAAGCUCCUUGGGGCAGAGCCUGCAGCUUUUCUGUCUGGAAAGCACCUGAAUUAUUACAAGUAUAAAAAGAAAUAAAUAAUAAUAAUAAUAAUAAUGGU